AUGGCAUCGACCUACACCCCCGAAGAAAUCAAAAAAGCCCAUGAAAUCCUCUACAAUGAAGGCAUCAAAAUGCGUAACCAAGUGGCCGGGAAAGCAUACGUAGACAAGUCCCUCGCAAACGCAACACCUUUUUCCCAAGCCAUGCAAGAAUACGUCUCAGAAUCCUGCUGGGGAUCGAUAUGGACUCGUCCAAAUCUGCCCUUGAAAACCCGAUCGUUCCUCAACAUCGCCAUGCUCUGUAACCAGAACCGCGGGUCGGAAUUGGCUACUCAUGUCAAAGGUGCAUUGAACAAUGGAGCCACGGAGGAGGAGAUUAGAGAAGUGAUUUUGCAAGCGGCGUGCUAUUGUGGAAUGCCGGCGGGGAUUGAAGGCUUCCGAGUUGCAGGGAAGGCGUUGGAGGAGUGGUAUGCGGAGAAUGGAAAAAAAUGA